AUGGGAAGCCUGGCGAACAAAUGUAGUCUUGAUUUCCGCACGUUCAGCAACUUCACCAGCUAUGAGGACUUUCUCGCAGAUCAAGAAUACAAAUACUACAGGCCUGGACAGUUAGAUGCCCUUCUUUGUGGAAACAUGUCUACUGCCGGGGUCUGUCCGGAGGGAUACAUGUGUCUGCGUACAAGAAGCAACCCAAAUUAUGGAUACACCAACUUUGACACAUUUUUUUGGAGCCUCCUGUCUGCUUUAAGAAUGAUGACCCAUGACUUCUGGUACAACCUCGCCGAGCUUACUGUGCGUGCCACAGGUAUGACCGCCAUAGUCUACUUUGCGAUAGUCAUCUUCCCCGCCUCCUACUACCUGCUCAGCCUCUUUAUGGGCAUGGUUGCCAUGACGACGGCUGAGCACAGUGAGGCCAGUGCCGCCGAGGCCAAGCGGAGAGAAGAAGAUUUCGCCGAGGUCCUGCAGGCGCUGAAGAAGUGCGAGGUGGAGGAGGUGAGAUCAUCACACUUGACAAAGGACCACAGAUCGCGUUCUCCAUGCUGUUCGUCCUUUUCCGGUCACUUCCCGAAGUGUGGCUGUUGGCAGUGGCUCCAACAGCGGCUCUACACCUUCGUCACGGAUCCAUUUUUCGAACUUGGCAUCGUCAUUUGCCUCAUCGUCAACAUCAUGUUUUUGUCUAUGGAACAUUAUCCGAUGACAGAAACGUUUGAAGGAGUGCUGAGCAGAACAGAUUUGUUCUUCGUAUUCAUCUACACCCUUGAGAUGAUCCUCAAACUUGUUGCCAUGGGCCUGUCUGGCUACUUCAAGAUGAGCUGGAAUGUCUUUGAAUUCGCCAUCGUCUGCUCGAGUCUGAGCGAGCUGAUAUUGGCUGACAUUGAGGGUUAUGCGAUGAUGAGAAGCUUCGGAUUGUUACGAGUCAUCCGGCUGGCCAAGUGGUGGCCGGCCUUCAACAUGCUGCUGCGGAUCAUGAGGAACUCGAUGGGGGCUCUGAGGAACCUGACUCUGCUUCUCGUCCUCAUGGUCUUCUUCUUCUCCGUGGCCGGCAUGCAGCUGUUUGGUCAGGACUACACCAGAUGCGUCUGCAAGAUCAGCGCCGACUGUGAGCUUCCUCGCUGGCACAUGGUAGACUUCUAUCACUCCUUCCUCAUGGUCUUCAGGACCAUGUGCGGAGACUGGAUCGAGACACUGUGGGACUGCAUGGAGGUCUCGAGUCACUCAGUGUGUAUGAUCUUCCACAUCACGGUCCUGGUCUUCGGAAAGCUGUUGAUCCUGGGUCUGUUCAUGGGCUUGUUGUUAUCUAAUCUGGCAGCUCCAGAAGAAGACAAAGAAGGAGAAGAAAAAAAUAAAUUAAAGAUCGCCAUGAACCGCAUCAAGAAGGCCUGGACCCGUGUCAAACCCAACAACACUGAUGGGACCGAACCUGAUACAGUUACCAGCAAGGGAGACGGCAGGAAGGAAUACCUGGCUUUGACUUCUGUGACCACAGAGCAGCCGGCGUCAAAGAAAGUUGAGGAGAAGAAAGGCGAUAAAAAUCAGGACAGACACACACUCGAGGACUGCUGCUGUGACAUGUGCUACCAGUGCUGUUCGUUCCCGGAAACAAACACGUGCCGGGGUGUAUUGAGGAUCUGGUCUAACCUCAGGAGAUGCUGUUUGUCCAUCGUAGAACACAUAUACUUUAAGUGGUUCAUCACCUUGAUCGUCGUGCUGAGCUCUACAACUCUGGUGGCUGAGGACAUCUACCUGGAAUCCCGUCAAAUUUUGAAGGCGAUACUGAAGUACGCAGACCUGGUGUUUACUAUUGUGUUCGUGGUGGAGAUGAUUCUCAAGAUGGUUGGCUACGGAUUAAAGAGAUACUUCACCAAAAACUGGUGCUGGCUUGACUUCUCCGUCGUAGUGGUGUCCCUGAUUUCUUUGACAGUCGACAUGCUGGAAUUGCCCGCUUUUACUUUGAAGGGCUUGAAGACUCUGAGGUCUCUGAGGAUGGUGUCUCGCUUCAGGAACACAAGGGUGGUGAUGAACGCCCUGGUCUGCGUCUUACCGUCCCUCUUUGAGGUGCUGCUGGUCGGUUUGACCGUCUGGUUGUUCUUCGGCGUGAUCGGAGUGGAAUUAUUCGCAGGAAGGUUUUAUCACUGUAUUAACGAGACAUCUCAGGAUUAUUUCCCAGCUGAAGAGGUGGAAAACAAGACAGAGUGUUUCUUUUUUUCUGAAGAAGAGAUUGAUGUUCGCUGGAAGAACAUGCCGUUAAACUUCGACCACCUGCUUGCUGCCUACCUGUCACUGCUAAAUCUGGCUACCGGUGCCUGGUAUGACGUCAUGUACGCAGCUGUGGACUCCAGAAAGGUGGAGGACCAGCCGGAGUAUGAAGCCAAUUUAUACAUGUACCUGUUCUACGUCACCUUCGUCAUCAGCUGCUUCUUCUUUUUGAACCUCUUCAUCAGAGUCCUAAUCGACACCAUCAACAAGCUGAGACACAAGAUAUGUAAAAACAUCUUCUUCACGGAGGGGCAGAAAAACAUGUACAAGAUACAGAAGAAGAAGUUAAACCAGACUCCGAUACCUCCUCGACCUCAGAAUAAGUGCCGUGCUGGCGUCUUCAGCCUGGUGACCAGCUGGUAUUUCGAAGUCUUCAUGGUCGCAGUGAUCUGCAUCAACAUUGUGGUUCUGAUGUUUGAGACGAACGACGACAGCGAAGAGAAGGAAGAAGUCCUGCAUUGGAUACAUUUCAUCAUCGUCGUCAUCUUCCUCAUAGAGAGCAUCCUGAAGAUUGUCGCUUUCGGACGGGACUACUUCAAAGACUGGCUGAACAUCUGGGACUUUGUGCUCGUCCUCCUGUCUAUCCUAAACAUCUUCUUUGCAGAUUUCUUCUACUUUUACUUCAUGGACAUCUACAGUCCGUUGAGCAUGAUCCGAUUGGUCCGUGUCUUCCGUGCCCUCCGUCUCCACCCCAUAGCCGCUGGGAUCCGAUCGCUGCUCUGGGCUCUGAAGAUGUCAUUUCCUGCCCUCUUCAACAUCGGCCUCCUCUUCAUCAUGACCAUGUUCACCUACGCCGUCGUCGGCAUGUCACAGUUCCGCUAUGUCAAGAAAAGCGCCAUGAUAGACGACCUCGUUAACUUUGAGACAUUUGGGAACAGCAUGAUGACGAUGUUUCUCAUAAGCACGAUAACCGGAUGGGACGGUCUGCUCUUUCCCUUCAUGUCCAUGCCUCCAGACUGCGAUCCUUUCUUAGAAAACACGGGAACCUCAGUCAGGGGAGACUGUCCCAACACGUACUUCGGCAUCAUCUUCUUAACGUCCUACAUCAUCAUCUGCUUCGUGCUGAUGCUCAGCGUGUUCUUCGUCAUCAUCCUGGAGAUCUUCGACAUGUUCGCAGAGGACGACGACGAGGCGCUGAGCAACGACGACCUCCAGAUGUUUUAUGACACCUGGAAGAGGUUCGACUCCAAUGCUUCGCAGUGCAUCCAGUACAGUCAGCUCUCAGAGUUCUGCGAUGCUCUGAAGGAUACUCUAAGGAUUCCCAAACCAAACACCAUCAAACUGAUCAAUAUGGACCUGCCUUUGCUCCCUGGAGAUAAGAUCCACUACAUGGACAUCCUGCUGGCCCUCAGAACCCAGGUGUUUGGUGUUUCAGGACAGGUGGACGAUCUCAAAGCCAACAUGGAAAAAAAGUUCAAGGCCGAAAACUCAUCUGAGGUGCCGUAUAACCCAAUCAGCAGCACCCUGCGCAGGAAAAAGGAAGAGGCGGCGGCAGCAGCCAUCCAGAGAGUGUACAGGAAGUGGAGGCUGGCGUCCAAAGAUGGGAAGGAGGGACUAAGCAGUCAGAUGAACGGAGGCAGCAAGCAGACGGAGAAAGAGCCUGCCACUAACGGGGAGAUGAGAACCUGAGGGAGACU